CCGCGGGAAGUUGGGGAGUGGGACCGGAGCCGGGGGGAUUUACUGGGGGAUAAGCGAGCGGGGGAGGCCGACUCACAGCGCGGAAUCCUGCGGGAAUCUCUCCAGCAACAAGUGAGUUCGCAGCGGGGCAGUACUGUGCGACCCAGCAACUUCAUCGCACCGACCGGGAUCGGCUCUCUCUCUCCUGCGGGAAUAAUGAGGAACGUGUGGCUAAUCCUUCCCUUUGCCCUGCUCGCUACCUUCUCCGGGGAAACGUGGGCGCAGGCUGACAGAGACCUCUAUAUCGACAGCACAGAGUCGUCGGGAAACUACCCAGUUGAUGACGAUGAUUACUCUUCUGGAUCUGGCUCAGGCAUUCCAGCACGCGAUGAUGAUGAAGACAAUGUGGUGUUAACAACUGUCGAGACGCUAAUAAGCAGCCCAUCAAGUGAAAUGCCAUAUGUUGACACCACAACAUUGAAAACACAAACAAAAAUUGCGCCUGAAAGCAAGGAGCCUGGCGAAGUAGAGUCAACCAACACAGUUCUUGUCUAUGGAAACAAGGAUAUCGUCCAGACUGCAACACACACAGAGAACCUGUUCCACAGAACAGAAGUACUUGCAGCUGUCAUUGCUGGGGGCGGCAUCGGCUUCCUGUUUGCCGUAUUCUUAAUCCUCCUGUUGGUGUACCGCAUGAGAAAGAAGGACGAGGGCAGCUACGACCUCGGCGAACGCAAACCAUCCAGCGCCGUCUACCAAAAGGCACCAACUAAAGAGUUUUAUGCAUAAAACUUGCUACUUUAGUGUCUCUUUUUACGAGAUCACUGAACUUUUCUUUUAAGUAAAAAGCUUUUGCAUAGAAUAAUGAAGAUUUUUUUUCAUUAAAAAAAAAUAAAAAAUACCUUCACGGUAACUUUAUGAUAAAAAAUCCCAUUAUAUUUAAAAACAAAACAAAAAAAAAAAA